AUGCGCGCUUCACGCCGGUGUCAACCCACGCCAAAAGAGCCUAGAGUAAAUUAUUCUGGCCUCCAGGUGCGUGCUUUCCUGACGCCACCAGUGCAGGGAGUUGUGUUGCAGACCUACGGUGCUGGCAACGGCCCAACCGCACGUGCAGACCUGCUGGACGAAAUUCGUCGUGCCACAUUGAGAGGCAUCCUCAUUGUCAACUGUUCGCAGUGCACACAGGGUUCCAUUGAUGCGGCCUAUGCAACAGGCAAUGCUCUCUGUGCAGCUGGUGUCAUUCCCGGUUCGGACAUGACACCCGAAGCUGCCCUCACCAAGUUGAGCUAUGUGCUGAGCAAGACGGAAUGGUCGUACGCUACCAAAAAGGAGAUGCUACAGGCCAGUCUGAGGGGCGAGUUAACUGUGGCCAAGCCAAGCAAGCUGGAUGAUUUGGAUCUGAUCACCGCCAUUGCAAGGACCAUGAACAUCUCAUCACCUGAGGAGCUUCAGUCCCUGCAGACGGUGCUGUAUCCCAGCAUCCUCUGUUCAGUCACAGCGCAUGGAGACGUUGAUCGGUUGGAAGUGAUGAGGCAGUUCGGUGCCUACCUGUCUUCGUGCGACUACGACUUCCGCACGCCACUGCACGUGGCCUCGAGCGAGGGCAACACGGCCAUGGUGCGCUACCUCCUCCAGCAUGGUGCCAGUGUGCACAUGCGUGAUCGCGACCACCACACGCCACUCAUGAGUGCCAUCCUCUGCGACCAGCAUGCUGUCAUUGAGCUGCUGGUGCAGGCAGGCGCCCACCUCAGCUUGCCUGCUUCGCAGCUGGCCGACGAACUGUGCACAGCGGCCAGGAAUGGCAAUGUGAAGCGGCUAGAGUCCUACAAGCUUGCUGGAGCCAGCUUCUAUGAAAGUGAUGUGACGGGACGAACAUGCCUUCAUGCUGCUUGUGAGGCGGGACAGGAAGCAGUUGUCAGGUUCUUGCUGGAAAACAAGAUUUGGCCUGAGACAAAGGACGUCUACAGCCACUCGCCCGAAGAAAUUGCUCAGCUACUUGGCCACGUGAAGCUGCUUCAACUCUUCAAGAGCAUCGUGCCGACUACAAAUGGGACGACUCGGGAUCCUCACCAACGACCACCCACUCUGCUGCAGACAUCCAGCCACCACAGGAAUCACAUUUCAAUUGGUUGUUUUUGACUGAGACUUUGCACGUAAAGCCCAGAUGAUGUAGAUCAACACUAUUACGAGGGUCACUCAAGUGAAAACUGCACGUUUACAAAACUCUAUGAUUCCUGCGUGCUCAAUGCAAGCCUUCCUCGAGUGUGCACAACUACCUGUUCACCAUGCCCACAGUGAAACUUGUUGCUGCCCAGGGCUUCCUUUAGUGAUCUGAACAUACACAGGAUUGUCACAAAUGACAGACUCUUGCUUUGGAUUAUCUGACAUUUAAUAAAACAGAACAGAACUGCAAGUUGGUAUAUAUGCACAGUUGGACCAGCUUGAACAGGUAUGCAAGAUGUGACACAAUGAAAUGGCCCUGUAGUGGUGCUUGGCAAUGUUAAUGCACUUUCAGCACUGCUGAGUUAGUGUUCCCCACUUGAAAAAAACCAGACAGUUGCAUUAGGCCGUCUGUGAGCCUAGAAGCUUUAAAAACCAUUAAUGAUGACAAAUCGUCAAAUGUAGGAUGUUGCAUUCCUUGCUUACUUCAAGCCUCUGUUCAGAACUUAUGCCUAGUUUGAACCAAAGGGGUCUAAUUGUAAUUGUAACUGACAACCACAUAAAACCCAAAACAGACACAGGACUUGCACAAGAUCUGUUUGGUGUUUUUAUUGUGAUUGCUUGUCUGUGUGGGCCAUAUACCCUUCAGCAUGCCAUGCCAACUAUAGCCCCUGUUGAAGCUCUUUUUGAAUGGUGGGCCAAUGAGUAUCUUUAUGUUAAGGCCUUAAAAUGCACAAUCAAACGCGAAAAUUGACCAUCAGCAUUGGUGGCGUCAACAUGAACGAUGAAAAAAAUCAUCACGUGAUGACAUCACUGUAUGAGGUCAUUCCAACAUUUGCCCACAUGUUACGUCGUCAUGAAGUCACCAUGACGUUGCAUGAGGACGUCAUCACACGACAUUGUUGCUUCGUCAAAGGUAGGCCGAUCAUGGAGGCAGUGCAAAACCACGUUAUGCACACAAAACGUUUGGAAGGUGUCGGGGCGGGAUCAAAACAUCCACUGAGAAGAAAAAGACGGCCUUCGAGUCGUCUUAGGCGAUUGCAUAAGGGACCCUGUGGCUUGUACAGUGUUCUGAACAAUCAGGGCACAGCUGCUGCUGUGGCAAGAGUGCUGUUAGAGUACUUACCAAGCCACAUGGAGCCAGCCCAGUGUCACUGCAAGGUGAGAUGUGCCGAAUAUGGCACCAUCAGUUGUAUCAAAUGAAGGAGAUAAGUAUCAUCGUAAGUAGUGCAACGAGACAGGAAAACAGAAAGGAAAAGACUGAACACAAACGUAAACUGACUUUAUUCAAGGCAGAUACACAGGUCUAUAUAUCAACAAGCUGCGCAGGCACAUUGCACAUCGACCAAUGGAGAUAAUAAAGCAGGAAUUACCAAACAAGGCACGAAAGAAAUUGCAUUUCGGCAUUGUCCAGCGAAAUCAACGUGUCGCUCUCACACUCCCCACCUGCCUUCCUGAUAAAAGAUGCUUGUAACGUUUCAUGAGCUGUUUUUGGCUUACUUCAGCCUAGGAUUUGGCCUGGCAGAAAUGCGAUUUCUUCUGCACCUUGUUUGAUAAUUUCUGCUUUAUUAUCUCCAUUGGUCGUGAUGUUGCACCUGCACAGCUUGUUGAUAUAUAUAAACCUGUGGAUAUGCCUUGAAUAAAAUCAGUUGUCGGGUUGCGCCUGUGUUCGUCUUUUCCUUUCUGUUGUUCUGUCUAGUUGAGCUAUUUACGAUGGCAUCUAUGUCCAAACACCAACUCACUCAACAUUCAACUCUUUUAAAGUAUCAAAUGAAGCUUUAUUUCUAAUCAAAUUUAUAAAGGGAGAUUGUUUUGCAUCACUGAGGUGCCCGAAGCCAAGCUUGCACAGCAAACUUCCAUGGCAAGCACCUCCACCAAUAAUUGAUUUAUAAUGCCCUCAAGCUCAAAUGACAUUACAGAUGAGGAGGCUAUAGCUGUAAUUGAAAACAUCUUUUCUUUUGUUGACCAUAGUUCGCUGACCACUCUAAGCUCUGCGUGUAUGUUGCAAAAAUAGGGAUCCCUGAACACCUAGUAAUUGUAAAAUCCGUUACAUGGAACUUGUAAAAAGUGGCAACGCAGAUGUGCUUGGCUACAAGUGGCACUGACUCCCAGGUCUAAGUGCAAAGGUAUACCCGAUAAAGUGUACAGGAGGACGACUGCCGUCGUAGCUAUAUUGGUAGAGCAUUGGACACGUUAUUUGAAGGCUGCCUUUUCGUCCACUUUAAUUUCAUCACAUUUAUAUCAUAAUUACUGCAAAUAAUGUCCCCUAUACUUUCCUUGGCUUGAUUGUCUGUUGGUUGUCGUGAAUGUUUUGUCUAACAAAAAAAACAAGCCCUUAAAUUCCCCUUCUUUUGUUAAUACAGAUGGGAAGUGUUUAUC